AUGUCUAAGGGCCUUGUGAGGAUCAGAUUAGCCAGAUUUGGCCGUAAACAUGCUCCUUUGUACAAUAUAGUGGUUGCGAAUGCACAUAAGGCACGCGAUAAGACUCCCAUUGAGGUGUUAGGCACUUAUAACCCAGUUCCCCAACCGCUAACCAGGCGUGAGAUCAAGGAAGGAGUCAUUCCCACAAAAGAUGUCAAGCUAGACUUUGGUCGUACACAGUACUGGAUCGGUGUGGGGGCGCAACCAAGUGAGACAGUAACAAAGCUUCUCAUCAAGAGCGGCAUAGUGGGCCCUGAGUGGGGCAAGACACACAAUACCAAUCAAGCGGUAACGCUACCCCGGCGGGAGGUAUUAGAAUAA